CAUCCAAUGCAAUUAAGGAAAGAAAUCAAUUAAAUCUGUAUGUGUGUGAAAAUAUUCAGAUGUACAACAUUUGCCAUGUUAUCAUUACAUGUGACCUACCAGCGUCAGUUGUGUCACUUCACUGCCAUUCACAAAUCCUCUCCUGUGGCCUCAUGGGAUAGUAAAGUGUCCAUCACAUGCACGCUUCACAAUCUCACUGAAAGAAUAGGUCAUCCAGGAAUGUUUUGCCUACUGUUUUAAUGCAUACUGUAAAUUCGGACACAUUUAUUUUGUCACAUACUGUUUUUUUGUUUACUUACUAUAUAGUAGGGAAAUAUGUGAUUUUGGGUGCAGCCUCAUUCAAAUCUCGCAUACACAUGUGGAACAUUAUCAUGCAACACAGCAUGAACUACUUAAUAUUCAUGAGCUAAACCUUCACUGGCAUGGUGGAAGAUGGUUAUGAGCAUCAUGUUUGCUACUAAAGUGAUAAAUGCGUUUCUUUAUUCUGCGAAUUUCAGUUCCAGAGCUAUAAAGGCAGGUGGAAGAUGUCUGAAUGGCCAGUCGUUGAUUUCAGGAUGCAGGAGAGGUCAUGCUGAGCAGGGCAUGUCGACUCCCAGUGCCUCCAAGGACUUCAGCCAGGACUCCACAAGUCUAACGAUGCCCUCUGGUGUUUCCAGCUUCUUGUUGGAUUGCUUGGAUGUUGAUUCUCCAGCUUCAAACACGGACUCGACGCUUUCAUCCAUCGAGGAGUUUCGCAAAACUGACAAUUAUGAUGAGGGGACGGCCUUACUUGAUGAAGAUGGGAUGAUGAACACCGUGAAAAACUCAACUCUUCUAGAUCACAGCCAUGCGCAGGAGUUAGCGCUGCAGCAGCCUCCGAAUCUCUCCUCCAUUCUCGAACUAUCAUUAAACCCUGCUGAAGAGAAAUCGUUUUCUUUGUCACCCAUUUGCCUCUCUCCUUUACGUGUGCCCUCUGAAACCUUGGCAUCAGAUAUUGCAUCAGGAUGUGUGUUAAAAUCAGCUAAUGAGAGAACGCCUGUGAAUACUAGGGUUGUAGUUCUUUCAGUUUCCUUCUAA